UUCACUGCAAGACAUGGAGGUGGUUCAGACCUAUGCAGAGAAAUAUCUCAUGAAGCUGACAUUCUAUGCAGAAGACGAUCCUGCUUUCAAUUUAGUUUUCUUGAAGGAAACAUAUACAUACUCCUACCCAACAUACACAGUGACUGUGCGUCUGACCAACACAGCGGAGAAGCCUCUGACACAGCAGAACCUGCAGUGUGUGGCCCUCAGCAUCCCAUACCUCCACUACCGUCUCACAGGCCUUCCUUAUGCCCCGGGUCUCCUCCACCUUGCCCACCUCCAGACAGACCCUCUACCCCUGGACUACAGCGUUUCAAUUAGACCUACGCCAACCCUGGAUCCCAGAAGGCAGACAUGGGACAGUCUCUCUCUGGAACAUUUCACUAUUCCCCUGACCAAGAUGUCUCUUCCUGAGGACCAGCUCCAUGGCUCUCAGGGGGAUAGCGGGAGCAGCAUUAUUACUGACUGGUUUCUCUGUGACGGGUCCUUUGUGCCAGACUUCCCAGGGAAGGAGUGGACCUCUGUGAACUACGGAGGCCUGGAGUUUAUAAGGGCUUUCUCCCCAAUCAGACAGACUGACGAUGCAGCUGAUAUACUGGGAAGGUGUAAUAUCACUGAUUACACUGCUUACGAGCAGUUUGUCUUCUCUAUCGAUGUGGACAUCCUCAAGGCAAAAGGUCCUUCAGGAAGAGAGGAAGCUAGUCCUGCCUCCAAAAGGAAAGAGGGGAAUAGUUUUGUAAGAGAGGUCACUAGUUUGGACGACAAAUGGGACAAGGGGAAUAGUUUAGAAAGAGAGGAAGCUAGUCCCGCCUCCAAAAGGGAAGAGGGGAAUAGUUUUGUAAGAGAGGUCACUAGUUUGGACGACAAAUGGGACAAGGGGAAUAGUUUAGAAAGAGAGGAUGCUAGUUCCGCCUACACAUGGGAAGAGAUGAAUAAUUUAGACAGAGAGGACACUAGUUCCACCUACAAAGAGGAAGAAGGGAAUCGUUUUGGAAGAAAGGCUGGUAGUUCCCCCUACAAAAGAAAAGAGAGGACAAAGUACCGGGAUGUACAGAAGCGAGGACCAAACCAAAGACGGGGAAGAAAGAUAACUAAAUUAUCCUUAAGGCCUUAAUAUGGCCAGACUAUGAAAGUUUAGAUAUGAUUCAAAGUAUUUUACAGUUUAAGUUGGAAGUUUACGUGCACCUAAGCCAAAUACAUUUAAACUCAGUUUUUCACAAUUCCUGACAUUUAAUCCUAGUAAAAAUUCC